GCCAACUAUUCGAAACGUUGUCCCCAGUCCGAAGAUGAUUGCCCAAACAAGUAUAUUAUCGGAAAACAUUUACGGAUGCGGGGAUGUUUGCGAUUGUGUGAAGGAAGAAUUAUAGCCAUCAUAAGGUUGACAAAUCCAUCUUUGACUUGUCCCACCGAAAAACCAAAAAUUACUCGAUCCAGCGACAAAACACCCACUCACCCCAGCUAUUACUGUGUAAAACCGACCAAAAAUGAAACUCCUUUCCCUCCUCCUUGCGACAACUGUGCUCGCCUAUCAAGUUGAGAUUCACCCCGAGUACCAGCAAGGUCUCGCGAUCAACGAUGUACCCGCUGAACGCCGAUUGCAUUGGAUGAGAGUUGCCAACGAAGCUGUUUAUGCGGAUGGACAUCCAUGCCCGCAAGCACCAUUUGGGACUGCUAUCGUCAAUACCACGUCGGACGAAUUGGUGUGUGUUACUUCGAACAAGGUCGGGAUAACGGGAAACCCAGCAAUGCAUGGAGAAAUUUCUGCGAUUACAUACUGUACUGAAGUGUUGACGGCUAAGGGCUGGACGUCCCAAGAGAUUUUGGCAGGGUGGAAAGAUUUCAGUCUCUAUACCAAUGGAGAGCCCUGUCCGAUGUGCGCAUCUGCUAUUCGAUGGGCUGGUUUCAAGGAGGUCAUCUAUGGUACAAGUAUCCGUACCAUUGCUGAAAACGGUAGAAACCAAAUUUACAUUCCUUCUUCAAUGGUCUGGGAAAAAAGUUAUUCUCUUGGACAUGCCACUUUAAUGCUUGGGAAUGUCUUGACCAAUGAAACGGACGCCUUUUUCCAGCACCAAUUCAACGAGAGCGCACCCUGUCCUACCGGAUGCUACCGACAGGCGUUUCCAGGCAGGAGGAUCAAAGGGUGCUUACCCGUGGACAACUGGGAACAGGUCGUGGCCAAGGCUGGAAAAGGUUUGGCCGUCAAGCAAAGCAAGGUGCAAGAGAUUCGACAUGAUGAAUUGUAGUUUAGAUGAGUGAUGGGGGUUGUACAAUCCAUACCAAAACCAGACUGUGAUAUCAGUGGAUAAACAAUGCAUCUGCACAUAAAUCCUU